AGAGAGCGAGAGAGCGAGAGCCCCCCCUCCCAAUCUAACAACAUCCCCAACCCCGCAGGCUCGAGCACAACGACCCCACCCCCCAACCCCCUCUGAGAGAGGAGACGGAGCGAACGAGGCGCACAUACAGAGUCACGGAGAAAACACCGUUUCGGGAUCCCGGCUCCGCUUUGCCCUCAACCCGGGCCUAAUGCUGUAGCAGACAGCGCAGGAGGAGCUCGAGCGAGAGACCGCGCACUGAUUGAGAGUCGGUGAGGGACAGGGCGCACCGGAGAGAAGACGGGAUUGCUCACUCGCCUGGAAACAUGGGAUGUACGCUGAGCGCCGAGGAGCGCGCUGCUCUGGACCGGAGCAAGGCCAUCGAGAGGAACCUGAAGGAGGACGGGGUGGUCGCCGCCAAGGACGUCAAGCUGCUUCUGCUCGGCGGCGGGGAGUCCGGUAAAAGCACCAUCGUCAAACAGAUGAAGAUUAUCCAUGAAAAUGGCUUUUCUGGGGAUGAUGUGAAGCAGUAUAAGCCUGUGGUCUUCAGCAACACCAUCCAGAGCUUGGCGGCCGUCCUCCGAGCCAUGGACACACUGGGCAUCGAGUUUGUAGACAAGGAUAGAAAAGCCGAUGCCAAGCUGGUGUGCGAUGUGGUCACCCGUAUGGAGGACACGGAGCCGUACUCUGCAGAGCUUCUCACCGCCAUGCAGCGCGUGUGGGCCGACGCCGGGCUCCAGGAGUGCUUCAACCGCGCUCGGGAAUACCAACUGAACGACUCCGCUCAAUACUACCUGGACAGUCUAGACCGCAUCGGGGCAGUAGACUACCAGCCCACAGAGCAGGACAUCCUGAGGACCCGAGUGAAGACUACCGGUAUCGUCGAAACCCACUUCACCUUCAAAAACCUCCAUUUUAGGCUGUUUGACGUUGGGGGUCAGAGGUCAGAGAGGAAGAAGUGGAUCCACUGCUUUGAAGAUGUGACUGCCAUUAUCUUCUGCGUUGCGAUGAGCGGAUACGACCAGGUGCUCCAUGAAGAUGAGACAACUAACCGCAUGCAUGAGUCACUCAUGCUCUUUGACUCCAUCUGUAACAACAAGUUCUUCAUCGACACCUCAAUCAUCCUCUUCCUCAACAAGAAGGAUCUGUUCGCGGACAAGAUCAAGAAGUCACCGCUGACGAUCUGUUUUCCAGAAUACACGGGUGCUAAUACUUACGACGAUGCUACUGCAUAUAUUCAGGUUCAGUUUGAGAGCAAGAACCGCUCUCCUAAUAAGGAGAUCUACUGUCACCUGACCUGUGCCACAGACACAGGAAACAUCCAGGUAGUGUUUGAUGCCGUCACCGACAUCAUUAUUGCAAACAACCUUAGAGGGUGUGGCUUAUACUGAGGCCUGGCCAAGCACAGAGGUUGUUAUGGAGAGUAUGAGGUGUUAAUAAUGAUAAUUUAGAUGAUACUUAAACACAUUAAUAUGUAAUUCUUUAUUCUACACGUCCAAAUGGACCCAAAGAGCUGCCGUCUGACACCACACUGGAUUAUUGCCAUGAUUUGUUCCCUUCCUCUCAUUUUGAUUUCAGUAUACAACCCCAGUUUUGUCCUAUAAAAAUGUGUUUGUGAGCUGAAUGUUUCAUGUUUUCUGAUGACUGUGUCCACAACUGGGAAGGUCAGAAGGGGCAGCACCAGGCUUUUGUUCAGCUGGAGCCUCGUUUAGCUAAACUCAGAAAUGCAACGCGAGGAGAGUGCAGUGUCAUUUCUAACCACAGCGCGGACUACGGUUCCCUUCUUUAAGUGACGUUUUUAUGUGCAAGUCUCGAGGCAUUUAUAUCUGUACUGAAAAUAGCCUGUUGUGCUGCGUUUGAAGAGCUGCUGUGUGUAUGAAGGUGGACAUGAUGAUGAUGAUGAUGAGGUUGGGGAGGUGCUGUACUCGUGGCUGACGGUCAUGGUUGGGAAGGAGGCUAUUUUAACUUUCAGAAGGGACAAAGCUUCCCUCCUUCAGACCCACACAUGACUGAGUAGCCUGCAGGUCUUUUCCACUCUGUUUUCUCUUUUACUUUAAAACAUAAUGAGAGGAUUCUUCUGUUCAGAGUGGCUACCCAUUUCCAUUGGCCUCCUGCAGUGUGAGGAAAAAAUGCCUCGCAGCCAAUGAUAGCUUAAAAAAAACUAAAAACACAUCAUAUUGGUGCCAACCAUCUGAGGACAGAUUAGAAUCAGAAAUUAUAGUUCAUGUUCAUACUAUCACGUGCUAUUAUUUAAAUAACAGAUUAUUAUCAUCAAAUGACUUAUUUAUUCAAGCCUCAUGCACUCCAUACCUCCUACCUCCUGAAAUCCCGUGCCACAUAUUUAUUUCCCGACAUGACAAACUGGGGGUACAACAGACACCUGUCUCGGGUUCAGAGGGCAGAAAGCAGCCCUCCGAUGACACCUUGUUCUCUGUGUGGUGCUUUACCCUUCGAUGUGAAUCUGUGUAGAAGUAGAAGACUGAACAAUAUCAUUUGAGGCGGCCAGUCUGGGGGAGUCGUGGGUUCCCCCCCCAAUCAGUAAACAGGGAACCAUUAGCCCCCCCCCCCCCCCCCACACACACACACCUCCUCCCCCGUUUCACUUUUCACAGAGAAAAAAAGUACAGCUCUCCAUUUUCACCUGUGCACCCAGAAAUUUCUCCCAUCUCUCUCUAUACUCUUAUCUAUCACAUAUCAGUCCCUAUAUCCAUUUUCACCUUAAAAGCACCGUACUGUAUAUAUAUUAUGAUUAUACCAGAUUUUUUUUUUUUUUACUGUGAAUGUUUUUGUGCUGCACCCCAUCCUAUUUGGUAGUUUAUUGGUUGCUCUCAUGUGGAAUGUUUGUGCUGAGCCAAUCGAAUGUUGUGUUUACAUUAAAGCCACACUUUUCCUAACUAUU